AUGAAGUCGUCAAAAUCCCAGCGUCUUGGAAUGCCCCCUCGUGGCCGCUCUUCUCGAAGCACCGAUGGCCAUGGAUCGGCGACAAGAUCGGAAGAGGAAAUUGUCGGAGACAGAAGAAGUGGCACAGACGCGUCCUCCCACACUCCCACCUCAGCGCACCACCAAGUGACGACUAUCUUGACACGCGAGAACUCGGCUGGAAUGGAGGCUAUGCGACGAAGGAUGAGUGCCGCGCUAGCUCAAAAACAACAGAUGCGUGCUGCUGCUGCCGCAGCCAGUGCUUCUAGCGGUUCGUCCGAUACCGCGAAACAAGACGACUCUUCCGAACCCUCGACGUCUCUGCAGCAGACCGAGUCGAGUUCGGAUGAAUCAGUCAAUACCGGCGCCCUCUCGACAGAUUCUGCCCGGACUAUCAGGGCCUCUUUUGACAUGACUCCGGGGACUGUCAGAACCCCUUCAUAUCCGUUCCCUCGCAUGGCUUUGCGCCUCAAUCGCCAAAUCAGCCACCGUUCAGGCCCCUCUCAUAGACCGUUUACUCUCUUGUCUCCCACCAAUGAGCCGCCGUUGAGCGCAGACCCUGCACAGCCUCCCCAUCCGCAACGGCAAGCAUCCUCUUCGGACCUGAGUACACCAAUUGGCCAGACACCAAUGAGCCCAGGUUAUCCUGAAGACCCCACUUUCCCGGCGCCCGACUUAUAUGAUAUCAUCCUGAUGCUCAAUGCUGAACCAGGUCUAGAAAUGUGGUGGGUCAAUGUUACCGAGAUUUUGUCCGAGGUCUAUGGCGCUGAACGAGCAUCGCUGGCGGUUCCUGGUGAUAUCACCGAUCUAGAGAACGUGCCGUGGGGCCAGAAGGCAACCUACAAUGUCAAUGGCAGUGAAGGGGUGCCUUCUUCACAAUUGGAAUCUCUGGCUACCUCUGACGCCGACGCCACCUCUGUAGGCCGGCGACCAGAUCCCGGCAAUAGGAUCCCCAGCGACGCUAGUUCAGCUCCUCCACGUCGGCCUCCUCUUCUGUCUCGGCAUUCUAUCGCAGGCCCCACUCCCGAUCCAUCUGCGAGAGGUGCGCGCCAGCGACCCGCAGGGCCUGUCCGCGCCUAUAGCACCGUACCCAAAGAGCCCGCAGAGGAAGUCAUGGCAAUCUUGCCGCUCUUGCCCAGGCUGACCAGGCAGGCCGCUACACCUCGGUCGACGUCCGUGGCAGAUUCAGAUCCCUUGGCAUUCAGAGGGCAGUACAACUUGUCUGGUUCCGCCUCGUCAACUCUUAGAUGUCAUGUUCAUCGUUCGAUCCAACCGCUAGAGGCCGAGUCUGACCCUUUACUUGUUCGCACGGGGGUUGCAUCCUUGUUUGGUAAGAGGAAGCCUGUCGUAUUGACGAGGGCCUAUACAGAUACUGCGCCGAGACAGUCACCCAAGGUAAAAGGUAGGGAAGAUGAUCGAAGUGCGCCACCGACGCCCUCCCCAGGGGGUUUUGAAGACCGCAAACUUGCCAGACCCGGAGAUAAUUCAACGUUGCAGAGCGCUUUUCGCGCAUUUGACGAAUAUGAGCAACCAGAACCGUCACCUUGGUCGCAGAGCCCUUCACCUUCGCCUGCAGCACGCCCCGAUCCAGCCGAAUCGCCUUUUUUCACGCAACCUACGGCAUCCAUUGACGAGACCGCAUUCGAACAGAAUCCUCCUGCUUACGACUAUGCGUCCACGGCCAAUCAGUCAUUGAGUGCGAUAGGGGCUGACAUGUCCAAGACACUUAUUCACGUGCCACUGAUACAACCAGUUUUGGCUAGAGGAACUAUGGCGUCUAACCUCCGUUUUCCGAUAGCUAUUCUUUCGUUUCUGUCCCCGCUGAACCCGUAUCCACGUAGCCUACGACAUUCUUUGGAAGCCCUGCUUCCACAUCUGGCAAGCUCAUAUUCACUUGCGCAGCAGUACAGUGCGCUUCAGGAUCGUCUGCGUGGCACCCCAGGCAGUCGACAUGGAGCGGCAUUCGGCCUUGGUGGCACAUUCUCUGAUGAAGGCUCGGAACUCGAGCUAGUGGCUGAGCUGAGUGGACAAAUUGCGCAGGAUAAGGAAAACGCCAAAUCAUGGACACACCAAGAAGAUCUCAGCCCUGGUGUUCUCAGGGAGAGUCCUGGCAGCUCUGUCGCGAGCACGCCACUCUUGGAGCAGUUUGGGUUGAGUUCGGGACAACCGCCAACCCCAGGUGGCAAGACGGGCUCUGAAAUGGUGGACAGCUAUUUCUCUGCUAGAAGACAGAGAGCCGGACAACAGCCACUAACGCCUGGCCCGCGACCGACAAAGGACGAGACCGAACAAGCCAAGCAUUCGACUGAGAAAACUUCUGCGAGUUCAAAGGCGGCUGGGAAGAAAACUACCACAGGUAGUGCCACAAAGACGCAGCCCGACCCUCCAAGUCCGAUGGCGCUUCGGACGGCGAGCAUCGCUUCUGAAGGUGAAGCCGGAGACCAUUCUUUCGCCUUGUACGAUAGGAUUGAUGCUCCUCGGCGAAAUACUGCUCGGCGUAUAAGCGAGCAUAAAGAUGACGGCGAGAGACCUUUACCUGAGCUAAUAUCGUCUCUGAUGCUCAAUGCGGUUCCACUACAACUUUUCCUGGCCAAGCCGAAUACUGGAGACUUGGUUUGGACAAAUCGUAAAUUUGACGCGUUCCGGAGUCAAGGAGAAGGUCGCGUGCGAGAUCCCUGGAAGAACGUCCACCCAGCAGACAGAAAUGGCCUGGUCAAGCUAUGGAAUGAAGCUCUGAGAACGGGGAGUCAGUUCACCCACUAUAUCCGCGUCAAGAGAUUCAACAGUGACAGCGAUUUCCGCUGGUUUGUAUUUCGAGCCAGCACUUUGCUGAGUAACAGCGGCCGGCUCCUGUACUGGAUCGGGUCAUUCCUAGACGUGCAUGAACAGUACAUGAAAAAUCUCGAGGCCAGUGAAAAGGAGGCCAUUAUGGCUCGUGACACAAAGAUUCGUGCACUUGCAGAUGCCAUUCCACAGAUUCUGUUUGAGGCCAUCGAAGGAGAUGGCAUUGUUGCCGUCAACCAACAGUGGCAUUCCUAUUCAGGCCAGACUCUCGAGGAUGCUCGAGGCUUAGGGUUUGCGAAACAUGUCCAUCGCGAUGAUCUGCAUAAAUGCGGCAUUUUAGCACCAUCAGACGUCGCUGCCAUCGCUCGAUCUUCAGCAGCUAGUGCCUCUUCGUCCAGCGAGUCAAACAGAACAGUCGCAGCGGUCGCACCGCCGCUUCCUGCACAGAAGAAUCUCUUCUCGCCUGAUCUGAGCUCGCUGGAUCGGAUGAUCAAGUCAGGUUCGGUCGUCGUGGAGAAGGACGAAAAUGGACGUCUGUCUUACCUGACAGAGAUCCGCUUGAAAUCGAGAGGGGGUGGGUAUCGCUGGUUUCUAGUACGUCUUGUUCGGGUUGACACUGGCUUAUGGCAGAGUCAGAGCGGAAAGGCAUCUUGGUACGGGACAUGCACCGAUAUUGAGACACGGAAAGCCUUGGAACGAGAACUAAACCAAGCCAAUGAGAAGGUUCACUCAGAAAUGGAGUCCAAGACCAAAUUCUUCGCCAACAUGUCCCAUGAAAUUCGAACACCACUCAACGGCAUUUUAGGUAGCAUGCCUUGGUUGGUCGAAUCAGAAUUGGAUCACGAUCAAAGGCGGACAGUGGACACCAUUCAAAACAGCGCCAACAACCUAAGGGAGCUUGUCGACAACAUCCUGGAUGUGACUAAAGUUGAGGCUGGAAAAAUGACACUGCUUCCGAAGUGGUUUCACGUCCGGACACUCUGCGAGGAGGUCGUGGAUACCGUGUCAUCCAGAGCCAUCGAGCGUGGGCUGGAACUCAAUUAUUCACUGGAAGCCAAUGUUCCUUCAAUGGUAAAGGGGGAUGCCUUCAGAGUACGCCAGGUUCUGCUCAAUCUCCUAGGGAAUUCCGUCAAAUUUACCGAACAAGGCGAGGUGUACAUGCGAUGUUCUUACCGCAAGGCUGACCCGGCCAAUUCAACAGCACAGGCGGACAACUCUGGCCUGCUCUCAUUUACUGUAGUCGAUACUGGGCGUGGUUUCAACAAAGACGAUUUCAAGCGGCUUUUCAAGCAGUUUGGUCAGAUUGGGGGCGGCAGCAGUCAUGAGGCAGGUUCAGGAUUGGGGCUUUUCCUCUCCAAGCAGCUGGUCGAGAUGCAUGGAGGCGAGCUUUCCGUGAAAAGCAAAGCAGGUGAGGGCUCGACUUUCAGCUUUUAUAUCAGGGUCGAAGUGGCUCCUCCUGGGUCUGAAGUUACCUCCCCCCAAGUAGCCGCUAGAGCCGGUCAACAGCAAAGGCAGUCACCUUCGUUGGGAGGGAGUGCCAGAUCGAGAUCCGAUAAUAAGACCACGACAAUGGCGUCUGCCAGGGGUCUUUCGUACAGCGAGGGGGUCAUUCAGACGCCCGGCCUGUCCAGAUAUGUCAGCUCUCCUCUGCAACAGGCACCUGCGUCGCCGGUCGUCUCAUCUCCAACGCUGGUCUCACCACCGGUCCUCCCGUCAGAUAGCUCCGGAUUGUCGAUGCGAUCAAACUCAGGCAAUAUAGCGUCCACCUCAUCGGCCACUUCGACAGUGCAAACGCCCGAAUUCGCACCUCCCCCUGAAUCGGCAGUCUCUACGAACGAACGGCAAAUCCUGACAGAAAAGGCAAUUGCCGCUCACCCAAUUUUUAAGCGGAGCAAGAGCGAUAACGACGGAAGUGGACUUGUGUCGGAACAGGCACAUCCUCAAAUGUAUUCCAUCAUCAUUAUUUGCCCUGCCGAGCAUGCACGGACGGCGAUCAAGCAGCAUAUUGAGCACGUGGUUCCAUACUCGAUCGCAGCCAAUGUCACGACCAUUCCAGAUAUUAGUUCCUUCCUGGGUCUCUUGAACGGGCCAUCUCCGGCCACUUUCACACACAUCGUCUUGGACAUCCCGGCGACUUCAGACAUUAUGCUGUUUAUGCGUCAGAUGGUCAACUAUGGCGGUCCGGUGACACCAGCGUUGGUGGUGAUUACAGACCACUACCAAAAGCGGGAUAUUUUGGAUGAUUUCACUGCCCUGACGGCCAGCGGACGUAAAGCCUAUAUGAUUCACAAACCGGUCAAGCCCUCGGUGUUUGCCAUGAUUUUUGAUCCUGCACAGUUACGCAACCUGAGCAAGGAUCGAGCACGCGAGGUUGCGCAGUCGAGCUCUGACGACUUCCGACACAUUGCCAACUUGGUCAAGGACAAGAUUGGUGGAAGAGAGCACCGGGUGCUGCUGGUUGAGGACAGCGAUGUGAACCGGAUGGUGAUCCAGAGGUACCUCAAGAAAGUGGCGCUUGUUAACGACUGUGCCAAGGACGGGCAGCAGUGUGUGGACAUGGUUCUGGGCAAACCACACGGGUACUAUUCGCUCAUCAUCUGUGACAUCCAGAUGCCGGUCAAAAACGGGUAUGAGGCAUGUACGGAAAUUCGGGAGUGGGAAAGGAGUCACAGAUACCGGCCGUCGCCGAUCAUGGCACUGACAGCGCACGCGAUGCCAGAGGAACGCGCAGCGGCGGCGAAUGCUGGAUUUACCGACUAUCUUACCAAACCGGUUGAUUUUAAUGUGCUGGGGACGAUGAUGAUGACGCUACUGGACCCAAGCGUGCCACACGUGUUCUUACGUGAUAGGCCUCUCGAGUCUUGA